GGAGGAGGAUUCAGGGAAAGUAUUGGAGAGAUAGAGAUGAAGGCAGGGCACAUCCUGUGAAGAUAAUCCCUCCACAGUUAUAUGACAUCACUCUCCUGCUUAUAUAUAUGGAAUGGCCAGAGCAUCUCUCCUAGUUCACUCACUUUCAAAGCCAGCUGAAGGCAAGAGAAAGCACUGAGAGAGCUCCUUUGCUGUUUUCUGACUUUUGUGGCUUGCUUGCCAGAAGGCUGAAAGAUGAUGGCAGCGAUGAACAUUCAGUUGGUGUGUGUGCUGCUCCUGGCUUUCAGCUCCUGGAGUCUGUGCACAGAUUCAGAAGAGGAAGUAAAAGCACUGGAAGCAGACUUACUGACCAACAUGCAUCCAUCCAAGAUCAGCAAAGCCAGUGUUCCCUCUUGGAAAAUGACCUUGCUAAAUGUUUGUAGCCUUAUAAACAACCUGAACAGCCCAGCUGAGGAAGCGGGAGAGAUGCAUGAAGAUGAGCUCGUUGCAAGAAGGAAGCUUCCUAUUGUUUUAGAUGGCUUUAGCUUGGAAGCAAUGCUGACCAUAUUCCAGCUCCAAAAAAUCUGUCACAGCAGAGCCUUUCAACACUGGGAGAUAAUUCAGGAAGAUAUCCUUGAUAAUGGCAAUGACAAAACCGAGAAGGAAGAAGUGAUAAAGAGAAAAAUUCCUUAUAUUCUGAAAAGGCAGCUGUAUGAGAAUAAGCCCAGGCGCCCCUACAUCCUCAAAAGAGCCUCAUACUACUACUAAGAAGAUAUUUUACUAACACGAUAUUGUGAUUAAUCAUCCUUUAACUAGAUAUCUAAUUAUAUGUAUGUGAAAUGUGACUGAACCUUCUUAUUUUGCCUCUUCUAUAAUUGUUUCUUGGAUGUGAUUUUUCUGCAUUCAUGCAAAUUGUGCUAAUUCUUUUCAAAUAAAUGUAGAUCUUGAGCA